CCACGCUGGAAGCGCCGCGGGCGAGGGACUGGCGACCGCGAGAAGGGCGCGGAGGGCGCUUGCGUUUUCUACGAGGCCUACACUUGGCCCAGCCUCGCUCCCCGCAAGCCCAGACCCGGGCCGCGGGCGACGGCCGGCCCCGGGCCCCGCAUCCUCUGAGGCUCGCCCGGAGUCCAACCCCGAGGCCGAGCCGACCCGAGAAGGCGGACGUCCGGCCUGCCCAGCCCCCGCCUUCGCGCCCAGCCCCGCGGCCGAGCUGGACAAAGUCAUACCCCCUCACCACAGCCCCCAAAGGAAUAAGCUUCAGGCCCCAUGUAAGGUCAUGGAAGAAUAAAGAUUCUAGUUGCUGUGUGAAGAAUGGACUGGAAAAGAGAAAGAAGUGGGAGCUCACUUAGGAAACUGUUGCAGAAGCCCAGGGAAUUGUAGAAGAUACCAACAUGGAAAAGAAAUUCCAGGAUAGUAACAAAGGGCUCCCUCACCGAGAAGUCCCUCCCAUGAUUGUGCUGCUGCUCGCAAUGGCACUCAUGAAUACACUCCUCUACUUCUGCCUCGAUCACUUUUUUAUUUCCCCCCAACAGUCUGCCAUGGACCCCAGUCACUGUCCCUUUAGUCACUUCAGAAUGGGACAGAUGAAGAACUGCUCCCCGUGGCUGUCCUGUGAGGAGCUGAGAACAGAAGUGAGGCAGUUAAAACGCGUUGGGGAAGGAGCUGUGAAGAGAGUCUUUCUGUCUGAGUGGAAGGAACGCAAAGUUGCUCUCUCCAGGCUCACACGUCUGGAGAUGAAAGAUGAUUUUCUCCAUGGACUGCAGAUGCUGAAAUCUCUGCAAAGUAGACAUAUUGUCAUGCUUCUUGGCUAUUGUGAGGAUGACAACACUAUUCUUACUGAAUAUCACCCCUUAGGUUCCUUGAGCAACCUGGAAGAAACACUAAACCUUUCAAAGUACCAAAAUGUGAACACCUGGCAGCACAGGUUGCAGCUGGCCAUGGACUACGUCGGCAUCAUCAGCUACCUGCACAGCAGCCCCCUGGGCACACGGGUCAUGUGUGACUCCAACGACCUGCCUAAGACGCUCUCCCAGUAUCUGCUGACAAGCAACUUCAGCAUUGUGGCAAAUGACUUGGAUGCCUUGCCCCUGGUGAACCACAGUUCUAGGACGUUUGUGAAGUGUGGUCAUCGGGAGCUUCACGGGGAUUUCGUGGCCCCAGAGCAGUUGUGGCCCUACGGAGAGGACCUGCCUUUUCACGAUGACCUCAUGCCUUCGUACGACGAGAAGAUCGACAUCUGGAAAAUUCCUGAUGUCUCCAGUUUUCUUUUGGGACAUAUUGAAGGGAGUGAUAUGGUCCGAUUCCAUUUGUUUGAUAUUCAUAAGGCAUGUAAGAGCAAAAAUCCUGCAGAAAGACCCACUGCUCAGGAGAUUCUGGACACUUAUCAGAAGGUUUUGAAUUUACUCAGAGAUACUGCCAUGACUCAGACAAGAGAAAUGCUAUGAAAACCAGGCCAAUCAGCAAAGGUGGGAUAUAAGGGUGGAAUGGAAUCAUUAACAGCAAUUCUGUUCUGACAGUGGAGUUUUCUGAUUGGGUCUAGGGGUUUUUUGUUUUGUUUUGUUUUGUUUGUUUUUGUGUGUUUUUUUGUUUUUGUUUUUUGUUUCUUGUUUCCUCUUUAGCUGUGUGGUUCUUCAUGUACAUCCACAUCCACACUUUGAGUGUGUUCUACCUCUGGCUAAAGUUACAAAGUAAAUGGAAAUCAGACUUCAUUGAAAUCUGGCUUCUAAUUCUGAUUGCUCCCUGGUGAAGAUGCAGAGAAGCAGUGAAUCUAACCAAUAUCUGAAAGAAGUAAUAAAAAUGUAGCCACAAGGAGUCUUCACCUACCCUAAUAACUGAAUUUAUAAGUUUGCAAGAAAUGUAUAUAUGGAAGAUUUUUAAGUGGCAGCAUGAGAAAGAAAGAAAGUUCUCCAAAGAACAUUUGUUACCUAAUUUUUUAAAUGGUAAUCAACAUAUGGGGUCAUCAGAGUAUUUAUGGUCUGUUUUACAUGUUAUUAAUUAGGUCAUCUUUACUGUUCUAAAUGAUUGUUUCAUGAAGCUUCGUCACCAUCCUCUUUCCAAGGAACUAAAGGAGAACUGUAACAGAAUGCUCUUUGAAAUUUUGAAUGGAUAGGAUCUGAAAUAUUUAAAACAGCAAGUAUGAGCAUUUUUAUAUCUGUGUUACUGCUUUGGGUGGUGCUUGUGAAAUUCGUAUUUACUUUCCAUUUGUCCUCUGGAUUUUCUGUGUCCAAAAUUAAUUGUGAACGUUUUAUAUUAUCAUGUCAUUAAUUAUUGGAAAGUGUCUUAUCCUUCCACUUGAGUUGCAUGAUUGAGUCCUUUAAAAAGCCCUUUCCUAUUAUCCUCAUUUGCAGGGGAUGAUGGAUUUUGUGCAUAUUAGUUAUCACCGUAAGUUGGUUAAAGCUGAGGUUCAGAGGCAAAGAUGCUCUGCAGUGAACUUGGUCUUCCUCUAAACUUGAACGUGCAUCAGAAUCACUUGGAUCACAGAUAGCUGUCACUGUCAAACCAGUUUGUUUUAAAAUAUUGCCAGUAUAGCUGGUGUAGAGGAUAGGGCACAGCGCUUGGAGCUGGGAGGCCAGACUUACAAUCCCAGCUCUGCCACUGACUAAUCAUGUGGCUGCAGACAAAUGCGAUCUGUAAAAUGGGAGAGUUGGUGGGAAUGAUUUCCGGCUUCCACUGUGCCUCUGUAAGUUCUCUCUGGUGCUUUAUAAUGCCAGUGCCAGACACCAAACAGGACCUUUGACUGUCAGAAUUCAGUCUUUAGUUUGUACGUGGGCAUAAUUCAGUAUCAACAGAACUGCAAAAUCACGAGAGAAUGUGAAGUUCUAACUAAAACCUAGAUGAGGAAUUCAUUGCACACUUAGCCUGCUGCUUCCCAUUCAGCAGGUAUCUAUUCGGGGAAGAAGCAGGUGAGGUGAGACAAUCUCAAAGCACUGCCAAGGAACCAAGGUUCUCUUCCUGGUUACCUUAUUCCAAGUGUUUAGAAAAAACCACCCCCCACUGCAUGGUUUAUUAUGUGCUUUCACAUUAUUUCAUGUGCUACUAAAAUACUCCAAGCCUCUAGGGACCUCCAGUCCAUUGUUAAUGACUCAGCAGAGAUGGAACACCUGGCAGUCCCCAAAAUGAGGGGUGGGGGUGGAAAACUGAUCUUACACAACUCUCCUUAGGAAGGUCCUUUACUGUAUCCCCCCACCCCUAUAGUUUAAAAAUGAAUGUGCUGAAUUUCAGUAAUCAUUGUUCUCACAUGACUUUUGAUUACUUAUGGGUAGAUGAAAAUGUGAGACCAUACUUUCCUGCCCCUUUGUAAUAUUUCAUGAGUUCAAACACAGAAUGAAUGAAUUUAGAUUCUUUAGAGAUCUGCAGUGUAAUUUGGAAGGAAAAUUCUAAUAAGGAAGUCAGUAACAGUACCACAUCCAUGUUCAAAGUUUUUAUUUAUAAUGGCCAAAAUUUUGCUACCUGGAAUUAACCCUUUGGAAAGAAGGUUAGGUUCAUUUGCUCCUAAUUUCAUGUGAUAGACUGUGUCAGUUUUCACAUGAAGAGGGCAUAAUAUGAAUUUUUAGUUCUAUUCCUCUGGGCUUAUUACUAAGAGAAGUACUAGUGUCUGUUAGCAGCACAGUGCUUUCCAGCGUCCCCUCUGUUUAUCAUAAAUGAAAUUUUAUCACAAAUGAAAUGGAAGGUCUGCUUUGUCACUGUGGAAAGUCCCAUUGUGUGUGCUCAGUGGGCACCGCUAUCAGUCACCUCCAACAGACGCGGACCCUUGGCUCUCAAGAGCUGCGGACCACAUCUAAGCCCUCGGAUGGCCAGGCUUCCUGUGGCCACUGGGUGGAGCUUGAAGGCAGCAGGAUCGCCCAGAAGGCUGUAUUCAGAAGUUUGGAACUAAGCAGACAGCUCAAGAGGACAGUAUUCUUAAACUCUGACGCUCACAAGGCACCCCCUCUUUAUUUAUAUGCCUAGCUGGAAUCCCACCAACACCUUGGGUUUGUUUGUUUGUUCAGAGGGAAAAAAGCUCUCCAUGUUAUAUGUAAACUAUAGCCUAUGCUAGACUAUGCUCACAGUUUUUAGUCUGGCAGUUGUUCUUUAAAUGGGUUCUAAGAAAUUGAAAGAAGUAAUAAUGACAUUGUUAAAAAGCAACUCAAGCUGCCAAAUUUUGGGAUUUUCUCAUGAAUAAGCUUUUAAGGGUUAAUUUUUAUUCUUUUGUCAAAGUAGGCAGCUUAGACAUUUUGGACUUUCAGCAAGUCACUGUAGUAGGCAUUCCAGAGUGGGUUUUUUUUUUUUUCCCCCAGAAAUAUUUGGAUUAUUUAAGGACCUAUAAUUACAGACUAUGUCAAAGUUCAUUCCAUCACCAUUAGGUAAUACAAUUCCUGUUUUUAAGUAAGGUGAAAAUAUUACAUUGAUCAUAAAGAAACUGGCAUAUGGUGCAUAUGUAUAGUUCACAUUAACAAUGAUUUGUUCCUGGAAAAUGAAAUAAAUUGGUUUUUUGUUUUCA